CAACGAUAUUGCGGAACAAACAGUCAAUCCAACUCUCAAGCCACCGCAUUCUCUUUAUAGUGUUGACCCGCCAUGGUGGGGCAGUGUCCGACUUGCCAUGAGCAAACCACUGGCGUCGUCGUACCUGUGCAAGUACUCGUACAAAAAAUGUCCAAACCCUCGUACGAUCAAACGCAACGGCAAACUGCACACACUCUGCGAAUACCACCGAGGCAAAGCCAACACUCUGCAGCAAGGGUAUGCUAAGAGGAAAAAGGACCGACGAAAGGCCAAAGCUGGCGGUGACUCCAACAACGUACUCUUGAUCACGGCCUCACAUGGAACCACGUCAUGGCUGGACCAGAUCGAUUUCAGUCGACAACUCGUGAUGACGAAUGCAGACUGUGAAGUGCUGCUCGAGUUAUUAGGUAGUUAGGUAUUGUCGUACAUAAACAAUCAAUACAAAAUGAUUUAAUUCGAGC